UCAAGUUUACGAACUCAACAAGUGAGCAACUCAACUAGUAUUCAACCAACUAAGUAAUAAUUCUUAGUAAAUUCUUUUUAAUAAACAAAUACCACUACAACUUCAAUUAAUCUAUUAAAAAUGAUGUCUAACCAAAUUGUAUCCGCUGUUGUCUGUGGUCUUGUCUUCUUUGCCGCCUUAUCAUCAUGCUAUGGUGCUACAAUGGCUCCCUUGUGUCAACCUGGCAUCUUGGAAGAAAUGCCAACACAUAUUAAGAAAGUAUGCAUGGCUUUAGAAAAUUCGGAUCAAUUGUCUACAGCUUUAAAAUCGUACAUUAACAAUGAGGCAGCCACUUUGGUUUCCAAACAAGACGAACUCAUUAACAACUAUGGCAAGCGUACCGAUGUCGAUCACGUUUUCUUGCGUUUCGGCAAAAGACGUUAAAUUAUUCUUCAACAAUACUAACUGCGCUGACAACAGAUCCCCAAACCCCCCUCAAAACAACACCACUGGCUAACGGAAACAUAAUUGCAGACUUGGAUCAAACAAAUUUGCUCAUGAAAAAUAAAAUUUAAAAAAAAAUAGUAACUUGCAUAAAUACUUAAAUUGAUCUCUUUGUAAUAUUACAAUAACACCACCCUUUAACAACUUUUACACGUUUAAAAACCACACAAUACCAAAAAAAAAAAAAAACUUAGCCGUAGAAAAUUGUUUGAUUGUAAUCAUUGUAGUAUUGUAUAUUGUCAUAAAACAAAUUAUGUACAUAAAUAAAUUAUUGUAAAAAAAAUAA